AUGGAUCCUAAUUGUAAGCCAACACUCACACAAGCACAUCCCGAGACAAUGGAUUUUCUUUCUCAAGCUUGGUGCAACUUCGCCGUUCAGGCUCUCCAAUCAGAUGUACAAGAUAGAUCAAUCGUUCUUCAAGAGAGAUCACUCAUGAAAUUUGAAAAUGAUGCUAAAAUUCCUUCCAUGAAAAUGGACGGGAGUGUAAAGAUGGAUGGUGCAGACAAGUUCGUGCCUCCUUGGAAAUCCAAUGAUGUAAAGUCAUGGAUAUGGAUGCAACAAGCAAUGCACCCAGAAUUGAACUAUAAUAGCUAUUUCAGAAGGAAAUGGAUGUCAUGGAAAAUAAUGCCAUUCAAACAUGUAUCAAUCAAAAAAUGGCUAAAAGAAAUUAAGCAGAAGAGAAAGGAAGAACACAGAUUACAAAAGGCAGAAAUACACGCAGCAGUAUCAGUGGCGGGUGUUGCAGCUGCCUUAGCGGCAAUAGCCGCUGAAAACUCAAAACUUGACGACACUAAAACGGCAAAAGAUUCAGCCGUGGCUUCUGCAGCUGCCUUAGUGGCUGCACAGUGUGCAAAAGUGGCUGAAGCAAUGGGGGCAAAGAGGGAGGAACUCAGCAGUGUAAUAGGUUCAGCCAUGAACGGCACGAGUGCAAGUGAAAUUUUCACCCUCACCACUGCAGCUGCAACAUCACUAAAAGGAGCUUCUACACUCAAAGCACGAUCAGGAAACAAAAACAAAUUGAAUGGAAGUACUCCGGUGCUGCCAUUCGAGGAUAUCAAAGAAUCUGAUUUUGAUUUUGAGAAGUGUAAAUCUAUAAUAUCAAAGGGCACAGACCUUAACAUCGAGACCACAGAUGGAAGGUACUUGUUCAGGUCAGUAGCAGCCAUACUCAAUAGUGAAGCUAAGGUUAUUCUCAAAAUAAGGAAUCCAAAUGUGCUGAAUGCUUUCACAAGACCAAAGGAAAGUAUUGUUCUUGACCUACAUACCGAGUUAUAUAAAGAUUCAGAAGGUGGUGAAACUGAGACUUGCUAUCUUCUCGUACUAACUACAAACAAAGGGAUGAUCAAGCUAGACAUGGUUGAUGACUAUCAACGGUACAAGACAUGGUCCACAACUAUCAAUCAAAUGCUAAUGCUCUCAACUUCAUUUACGAGAUAUGAACUUCAGUUCUACAAAAAUUGA